AUGAUUCCAGGACAGACUUUCAUAAUCCUUUCCGUCCUUCUUGCAUUAGGGGUCUUGACAGGCGAAUCGAUUGGAGCCCGUCCGACGGCUGAUGCCCAUCCGGAGACCCAUUUUCUCUCCAGAAGGAACGCUGGGAUCGGUGCCAGCAGGACGAAACUUGCACUGACUCGUCGGGACCGAUCGGUGCUUCAUUCCCUAGAAUCGAGACACCAUCACAAAGAAAUGAUGGAAGAACGCACCGGGGCUAGUCUUGACCUCGGUGCAGGACUUGGGCUUGGAAGUGGUCUCGGACUCGGAGCCGGCGUAGGUCUCGGUGCGGGCCUAGGACUCGGAGCGGGCGUGGGCGUCAGCGCGGGUCUUGGGCUCGGCGGAAGCGGUGGAGCUGGGGCGGCCUACGGCUCUGGCGGUUCUGCAGGAUCCGCUGGCGCUUACGGCUCUGGUGGCACUCUAGGAUCUGCUGGCGCCUACACUUCUGGCGGCGCUUCGGGAUCCGCUGGCGGCUACAGUUCCGGCGGCAUGUCAGGAUCCGCCGGCGGCUACAGCUCUGGUGGCGCGUCAGGUUCCGCCGGCGGCUAUAGCUCUGGCGGCGCGUCAGGAUCUGCCGGCGGCUAUAGCUCUGGUGGCACUGGCGGCUAUAAUUCCGCUGGCACUUCAGGAUCCACUGUCGGCUUGAAUUCUGGCGGCACAGCAGGAUCCUCUGGCGGCUACAAUUCUGGCGGUACUUCGGGAUCCUCUGGCGGCUACAAUUCUGCCGGAACCUCGGGAUCCGCUGGCGGCUAUAACUCUGCUGGCACAUCAGGAUCCACUGGUGGUUACUCGGGGGGUGGGUUGAACAGAGGUGGAGGGUUGUCCUCGGGAGGUGGAGGGUUGACCUCGGGCGGUGGAGGGUUGAGCCCGGGCGGUGGUGGUAUGAGCUCCGGCGGUUUCAACACCGGCACCUUUAGCUCAGGAAGCAGCAGUAGCAGUAAAGAAAGCCAAAGUUCCAAUUACAGUUACGCCUCGAGCUCGUCAAUGAAUUAUCAAACCAUGAUGGGAUCUUGCACUGGUUUGGUCAAGAAGAUUAGCGAUUGUCAAAGUUCCUUCGUCGGAGCCGGCGGAAACGGUGGCUCGGUCCAAGUCAACUACGAUACAUCGAUCCAAGCAGUCCAAGCACUCGCGACCGAGAUUCAAACGGUUCUUGCAAACUUCCACACUUGCAACGAAUGUUCCGGAAAUCAAAUCCAUUCCUUUCGCGAUAACUUCAGUCAAAUCUUCUCCCAAUUACAGCAACUGUUCAGCACAUGUCGAUCUAGCUUCCCUAAUCAAUGGACAGCCCUGAUGAAAACCGGACUUUUCAACGUGGACCAAGAGUUUUCGAAUUUCUUUAACGGCUGUGAACAGAAAGGCCUGCGGAUCAAAGUCUUCAUCCCGAACGAGCUUGGCUCAAUGUUCAAUCAGUGCGGGCUAGAAAAAGCCUACUCCACCAUGCUCAAAUGCGGCAUUCAAUGAACCAGCACUGAGAGAUCACCUUAUUUGAGCCUAAUCAGCACCCUUAUUUUGUAUUGCAUAUGUAGUCGAAAAAAAUAUAUCCAGAAUUCAAUCAUUGUACAUAUUUCUUAUUUUGAAUCCUUU